AUGGGUACAAAUAAUGAGAUCUCUUUUUGGACAAAAUUUGCAGAGAUAGCACAAGUUAAAAAGCUUGCAAAUACAAUUAAAUAUAUUAGUUCGAUUAUUGCAAUAUCAAAUAAUAUUAAAAUUAAAGAAAGACUUAGAUUUUCUUUACUCUUGGAUUGUGUUGUUGGUUCAACACUUUCUACAGAAUUAACCAAAGUUUUUACAUAUGAAGAUAUAUAUCAAAUUGUAGAUAUGAUUAAAUCUCAUAAUGCAAUUGCCUCUCAAAUUCUUGUUCCAAAAUUUCUACCUUCUAUUAUUGCGAUGAUUGCAAAUCAGAGAAAAGAAAUGGUGACAAGUAUUUUUAAAUUACUUAAAAAAUUACUUGAUAUCAUAGCAUAUCUACAACUUAAGAUUCUUGGAUUUGGUGCUGAUA